AUUGUACUCCCCUAGACGUUCAAUAUUAUUGCGCAAUAUUUUGGUUUGCGCAAUAUAAUUGAUCGUGUAUGGGCAAUAUUGAAAGGUUGUGCAAUAUAUUGUGUGAAUUCCAAAAACUUGAAAAUAUAUUGCGAAAACGGGAUAAUAUUGUGUCGUAUGUUGGCUAUAUAUUGCGCAAUAUCCAGGAUCCUGUGUCUUGACCUGUCAGUUUCUCUCCAGCUGUGGUUUGUGAUUUACCUAGGUAUGUCUCUCUCCUCAACCACGCGUAUCAUGGGUGACAAGAAAGCCGAAAAAGAAUUUAUUGUUGAAUUUAUUGAGGUGUAUCGUGGUCUUCCCGCCCUGUGGGAUGUGAAAUGCAAAGAUUAUACUAAUCGUGCCAAAAAGGGGGAGCAGUACGAUGUGCUGAUAGAAAAAUACCGCGAAAAAUACCCGGAUGCUGAGAGACAAGAAGUAGUAAAAAAAAUGAAUUCUUUGCGAACAAACUUCCGGAAAGAAUUAAAAAGGAUUCGCGAUGCAGAGAACAGUGGUGCCGGUGCAGAGGAUGUGGAACCUACGCUUUGGUAUUUUGACGAAAUGAAGUUUCUUGUAACUCAGGAAACACCUACCUCUUCAAUCAGCACGAUGGACAUAUUUCAGGAUGUUCAUGACAACAAGGAUCGUUGCGAUGCAAAUGAAACCAGCGCGGCGGAUGAUGAAUCUCGUCAAAAGAACAGGAAACGUAAACCUCCAGAUCCUAUUGAGGAAUUGGUGAAAUUGGCCUCCAAACACCUUCAACAACCACAAGAGGACAGCGACAUAUUUGCUGCAGCUUGGGCAGUCGAGCUCCGAAAAAUGGAUCCACAACAGCAGUUGUUUGCAAAGAAGGCCAUCAAUGAGAUACUGUUUGAGGGACAAAUGGGGACCUUACACCGUAAUUCAGUUGAAAUUAACGUCUCACGUGUGUCCACACCAUAAUAGUGUUCAGCCCCUCCCUUCCCCUUCAUUCUGUCAGUAUGAAUCAGCAGGUGGAUAUUACAUUACUUUUCAGUAAGGCAGUUACUUUCCAAAUUCAUGUAGGUAUACCUUAUGUACAAUGUCAAGUUUUGUUCUAACCAAUGUAUGCCAAUAUUUUGAAUGUAUAAAUAAAAGGAUUUGAAAUAAGGCAGUUACUUUCCAAAUUCAUGUAGGUAUACCUUAUGUACAAUGUCAAGUUUUGUUCUAGCCAAUGUAUGCCAAUAUUUUGAAUGUAUAAAUAAAAGGAUUUGAAAUAAGGCAGUUACUUUCCAAAUUCAUGUAGGUAUACCUUAUGUACAAUGUCAAGUUUUGUUCUAUCCAAUGUGUGCCAAUAUUUUGAAUGUAUAAAUAAAAAGAUUUUAA